CCUCUUCCCUCCCGCCGUCCCUUCCUCCUCUUCCUUCCUCCUUCCCCUCCUCGCCGUCACCUCCGCCGCCGCCCAGGACUGCCGGCCGGGAGACGAGUUCGGGGCAGCAGCCAGGAGUUUCCCAACCACUUAACCUCUCUGAACCAAAACAACAUUGUUGCUGGAGCGCUUGUUUUUAAGGUAGAACUUUAGACUUCAUAGCACUGAAUUAACCUGCACUGAAAGCUGUUUACCUGCAGUUGUUCACUUUUGUUGAAAGUGACCAUGUCUCAAGUUCAAGUGCAAGUUCAGAACCCAUCUGCCGCUCUCUCAGGGAGCCAAAUACUGAACAAGAACCAGUCUCUUCUCUCACAGCCUUUGAUGAGUAUUCCUUCUACUACUAGCUCUCUGCCCUCUGAAAAUGCAGGUAGACCUAUUCAAAACUCUGCUUUACCCUCUGCAUCUAUUACAUCCACCAGUGCAGCUGCAGUUCCUUCUAACAUGGCACACCCCAAAGAGAAAACCCCAAUGUGUCUUGUGAAUGAGUUAGCCCGUUUCAACAAGAUUCAACCUGAGUAUAAGCUUUUGCGUGAGCAAGGUCCAGCUCACUGUAAGAAGGCAGCAGAGUGGCAGCAGCGCCGACGGGGACAGCCCUGGAGAAAGGUGUUUACAGUACAGCUAACACUUGGAGAUCAGCACUGGGAAGCUGAAGGAACUAGUAUUAAAAAAGCCCAACACACAGCUGCUGCCAAAGCUUUGGAAGGAACAAAAUUUCCUAAACCUAUAGUCCGCCCUUUUCGUAGCGAAGGAAGGAAUCCAGGUAUUAUGCGUGGGCCAAGACAGGUUCCUUUCAAAAGUGUGUCUAGAGAAAGCAUAACCCCUACUGUAGAGCUAAAUGCACUGUGCAUGAAACUUGGAAAAAAACCAAUGUAUAAGCCUGUCGACCCUUACUCUCGGAUGCAGUCCACCUAUAACUACAACAUGAGAGGAGGUGCUUAUCCCCCAAGGUACUUUUACCCAUUUCCAGUGCCACCUUUACUUUAUCAAGUUGAACUUUCUGUGGGAGGACAGCAAUUUAACGGGAAAGGAAAGACGAGACAGGCUGCGAAACACGACGCUGCUGCAAAAGCUUUGAGGACCCUGCAGAACGAGCCCCCACCCGAGAGGCUGGAGGUGAACGGAAGAGAAUCAGAAGAAGAAAAUCUCAAUAAAUCUGAAAUAAGUCAAGUGUUUGAGAUUGCACUUAAACGGAACUUGCCUGUGAAUUUUGAGUCUUUCCCUCUAAAACAGGUUGCCCGGGAGAGUGGCCCACCCCACAUGAAGAGCUUUGUGACCAGGGUGUCGGUUGGGGAGUUUGUGGGGGAAGGUGAAGGGAAGAGCAAGAAGAUUUCAAAGAAAAAUGCUGCUAUAGCUGUUCUUGAGGAGCUGAAGAAGUUGCCGCCCCUGCCUACAGUUGAGCGAGUGAAGCCCAGAAUCAAAAAGAAAACAAAAUGCAUAGUCAGGCUACAAAGCAGCCCGGAGUACGGCCAGGGGAUGAACCCGAUUAGCAGACUGGCCCAGAUCCAGCAGGCAAAAAAGGAGAAGGAGCCAGAGUACCUCCUCCUCACUGAGCGAGGCCUCCCGCGCCGCAGGGAGUUUGUGAUGCAGGUGAAGGUGGGAAACCACACUGCAGAAGGAUCAGGCACCAAUAAGAAGGUGGCCAAACGCAAUGCAGCCGAGAACAUGCUGGAAAUCCUUGGUUUCAAAGUCCCACAGGCUCAGCCCACCAAACCAGCCCUCAAAUCAGAGGAGAAGACACCCAUAAAGAAACCAGGGGAUGGAAGAAAAGUAACGUUUUUUGAACCUGGCUCUGGGGAUGAAAAUGGGACUAGCCAUAAAGAGGAUGAGUUCAGGAUGCCUUAUCUUAGUCAUCAGCAGCUGCCUGCUGGAAUUCUUCCCAUGGUGCCCGAGGUCGCCCAGGCCGUAGGAGUCAGUCAAGGGCAUCACACCAGAGAGUUCAGCAGGGUAGCCCCGAACCCUGCCAAGGCCACGGUAACUGCCAUGAUAGCCCGAGAAUUGUUGUAUGGGGGCACCUCGCCUACAGCCGAGACCGUUUUAAAGAAUAACAUCUCUUCAGGCCACGCACCCCAUGGACCUCUCACGAGACCCUCAGAGCAGUUGGACUAUCUUUCCAGAGUCCAGGGAUUCCAGGUUGAAUACAAAGACUUCCCCAAAAACAACAAGAACGAAUUCGUAUCUCUCAUCAAUUGCUCCUCUCAGCCGCCCCUGAUCAGCCAUGGUAUCGGAAAGGAUGUGGAGUCCUGCCACGAUAUGGCUGCACUGAACAUUUUAAAGUUGCUGUCUGAGUUGGACCAACAAAAUACAGAGAUGCCAAGAACAGGAAAUGGACCAAUGUCUGUGUGUGGGAGGUGCUGAACCUUAUCUGGCCAUGAACCAUUGAAAAAUCCCAACAUACAUACUGAAAAUACUGAAACUGCUUUGAAAAUUUGGAACUUCUGAUACCUCCAGUGGGCCGAGAGACAUGAUGGGUAAAGGACUGGAGACAGCAGUGGUGAAGAAGGCGGGGCCCCGAGGAGGCAGCGGCAUGGCCGCUCGCCUGUGCUAUGGUUUCUCCUCAUGCAGCAGCAGCUGCUGGGGGCCGGGCGGGCCUGCCGGGCACCCCGGCGCCACUGGGAAACCAGCGGGUCCACGCCCCAG